AAGCCUCACUCACAGUCAAAUCUUAGAGGCGAACAGCCGGAGUCUUUAAAGAAUAACUGAAUAAAACAAAUAACUCAAAAUGUGUGACGACGAUGUUGCAGCAUUGGUUGUAGACAAUGGCUCCGGUAUGUGCAAGGCCGGAUUUGCCGGGGAUGAUGCCCCCCGAGCUGUAUUUCCAUCAAUUGUCGGCAGACCCCGUCACCAGGGUGUCAUGGUCGGUAUGGGUCAAAAAGAUAGCUACGUUGGAGACGAAGCCCAAUCCAAAAGAGGUAUCCUCACCUUGAAAUACCCCAUUGAACACGGAAUCAUCACCAACUGGGAUGACAUGGAAAAAAUUUGGCAUCACACAUUCUACAAUGAACUCCGAGUUGCCCCAGAAGAACACCCCAUUCUUCUUACCGAAGCUCCCUUGAACCCAAAGGCCAACAGAGAAAAAAUGACACAAAUCAUGUUUGAAACAUUCAACACCCCAGCCAUGUAUGUCGCCAUUCAAGCUGUUCUCUCUUUGUAUGCCUCUGGUCGUACCACUGGUAUUGUCUUAGAUUCUGGAGAUGGUGUAUCCCACACUGUUCCAAUUUACGAAGGUUAUGCUCUUCCCCACGCCAUCCUUCGUCUUGACUUGGCUGGACGAGACUUAACUGACUACCUCAUGAAAAUCUUGACCGAAAGAGGAUACAGCUUCACCACCACCGCUGAAAGGGAAAUUGUAAGAGACAUCAAGGAAAAACUUUGCUAUGUGGCUUUGGACUUCGAACAAGAAAUGGCCACAGCCGCUGCUUCAACUUCAUUGGAAAAAUCUUAUGAACUUCCUGACGGUCAAGUUAUCACCAUUGGUAAUGAAAGGUUCCGUUGCCCUGAAGCUUUGUUCCAACCAUCCUUCUUGGGUAUGGAAUCUUGCGGAAUUCACGAAACCGUAUACAACUCCAUCAUGAAAUGCGAUGUUGACAUUCGUAAAGACUUGUACGCCAAUACCGUUUUGUCUGGUGGUACCACCAUGUACCCUGGUAUUGCUGACAGAAUGCAAAAAGAAAUCACCGCCCUUGCCCCAUCUACCAUCAAAAUUAAGAUCAUUGCUCCCCCAGAAAGAAAAUACUCUGUUUGGAUUGGAGGAUCUAUCUUGGCUUCUCUCUCAACCUUCCAACAAAUGUGGAUCUCAAAACAAGAAUACGAUGAAUCUGGCCCAGGAAUCGUUCACCGCAAAUGUUUUUAAAUUAUUAACAAUUAUUUUGAUAACUUUUUUUUAAUAUUGAUAUUGUUAAUAAAUAAAUAAAGAUAUGUGAAAAAUUGAAUACUCUUUUGAUAAGUAAAAUAAAAUGUUAAAAUUUAUUUAUUACUCGUAACCUUUUUAGAUUUAUUUUCAUCUUAUUUAUUUAUUAAUAAAUAAUAUUAACUGGAAUGUUAUUGUAUAUGUAAAAUAAAUUUAUCUACUG